AUGAUAAAUGAUAAUAUUAUACCGAAAUCAUCGUUUAAAGCUGUCAUUGUAACCUUGAUUCGUAGUCACAAUGAAUCAAUACAUCGUGCAAUUAACAUGUUGCAUUCAAUUGAACUAUUUUAUCCUUACAAUUAUUCCGUAAUCAUAUUUCAUGAUAGUAAUUUUACUUUAACGAUGAAACAUUAUUUAAAAUCGUGUGUAUAUUUGGAUCUAAAAUUUGAAUUAAUUAAUUUUACGAGUAUGAUUAUAAAUCCAACAGUAACAAUCGAUUAUGUUAGACGUGAAAAAUUAAUUGAUCACUAUAUUCGUGGCUAUUCUGUUGUUCACCGUCCAUUAGGAUAUCGUUUAAUGUGUCGGUUUUGGUCAUACGAUGUAUUUUAUCUAAAAAGUAUUCAAAAAUAUGAUUAUAUCAUGCGAAUGGAUGAUGAUAGUUAUUUCACAGAAUCUAUUAAAAAUGAUUUUUUCGUUGAAAUUCAUAAUCAGAGUCUGGAUUACGGUUUUCGUGCAAUUGUAUGGGAUAUAAAAUUAGCUGGCUCAGAAAUACCACGUAUUUUAACAUCUUAUAGGAAACAAUGUAUAAUCGAUUGUUUUCCAUUUAUAUCUCAUGAUGCUAUUUAUACAAACUUCUUCAUUACUCGAAUUAGUUUUUGGCACCAACCAGUUGUUAAAAAUUUUAUACAAAAAUUAGUGAACAAUGAUACAAUAAUUAUGGAAGGACUAGGUGAUGGUAAUAUACAUGCGGCAGUAUUAGCAUUGGCAUCAAAUACAAAACAAUCAAAAAUGUUUUACUUUAGUUAUGGACAUAACUCACAUUUAUAUAGACCACGAAAUAAAAUAUUUCAUCUUGAUGAAAAACACCAAUGGUUAAAAUCAUUCGAUAAUACUUGUGAUAAAUUAAUUAUCAUUGAUCCUAUUACUAAUCAACUGAAAAAAAUUCAAAUGAAAAAACGCUCAAAUUACCAGAUAGACAAUUCAUCAAUUGUCAAAAAUUAUUCUUUGACAAAAACUAUAGUAUUUGUUAUAUUCUAUAUGCUAUUAUUAUGGAAUAAUGUAUAA